AGCACACCAUCACCAACCACUCUCUCUCUCUUUUUAGCCUUUUCUCUCCCUCUUCCCCUUCUUCAUCCUCAAAUCAUUUCAAAUUUUGUUCUCUCUGUCUUUAAUGGAACCUACAAACUCUUAACUCUGUUCUUCUUCUUCUUCUUCUUCUUCAUCAACAUCAAUUUCCAUUUCCAUUUUCAACCUCAGCGAAUUAGAGAAAAUUUUGAAGACGAUGAUUGCCGACGAGAUUGAUUGUGGGAAUUUCUUCGACCAUAUUGACGACCUUCUUGAUUUUCCUACUGAAAACCUUGACGAUGUUGCCUUCACUAACGUCGCCGCCUUCCCUCCCAUUUGGACUACACAUUCCGACUCCUUGCCAUCCGCCGUCGUCGACCCGGUGUUUUCCGCCGAUACUGGUGACUCUGGCCUCUCCGCUGAACUCCCUGCUCCGUACGAUGACAUGGUUCAAUUGGAAUGGCUAUCAAAUUUCGUCGACGAUUCCUUCUCCGGCGCCGGAACCCUAACCAUCAACACCUCCUCAUUAUCGCCGUCGAACCAAUUCCACACCUCAAGUCCAGUCUCCGUUCUCGACAGUAGUAGCAGCAGCAGCAGCAGCUCCAGCUCCGACGAAAAAAAAGCCCUAGCCACGGCGGCUGGUAGACGAGGCCGCGCUCGCAGCAAGCGGCCUCGGCCGCCGUCUUUCAUUCCCCGACCACCGCAACUCAUAUCGCCAACGAAUUCAGGCGGUAAGGUUUCAUCGGAAUCCGAUAACUACGCCGAAUCCUGUUCUCCUCCUCCACCCGCGAAGAAACCAAAGAAGAUCAAAUUAUCGUACCGACGAGAUCAAAACGAUGCGUUUAAUCCACAAGGCGUGAGGAAAUGCUUACAUUGUGAAGUGACGAAGACGCCGCAAUGGAGAGCAGGGCCAUUAGGACCUAAAACUCUCUGUAACGCUUGCGGCGUCCGGUACAAAUCCGGCCGCCUUUACCCGGAGUACCGGCCCGCAGCGAGUCCGACAUUUGUCCCCUGUUUACACUCCAAUUCGCAUAAGAAGGUUCUCGAAAUGAGAAUCAAACAAGUUGAAAAAGGGGCGGGGUUCACGGCGGAGGAGUCGCCACCGGAACUCAUUCCGAAUACAAACAGCGGUAUUAUCCUCGGGUACGUUUGACCGGAAAAACCCCUUUUCGCCGCCAUCCGCCCCGUCGCCGCCCUCUCCAUUCCUUUAUUUUUUUUUAUUUACUGAAUUACUUCAUGUAUUUUUUUUAGUGGUUAUUGUACAGGGAUGGAUUGGGAGUAAACUGAAAGAAAUAGAUACAAAAUUUUAGGGUUUAGGGAGAGAUAUAUAUGAAGGCUAAAAAGGACUAGGGUUUUUAGUUUGUUUAAUUGCUAUUAGGUCCUUCAUAAGUUUAUUAUUAGAUAUUGGUUUAUGGAUUUUUUUUCUUUUCUUUUUCUUUUCUUGGGGAUUUCUUAUUCUUUUGUUUCAUUUUCAUCCAUGUUUAUUUAUCAGGAAAUUCUUUUUGCAGUUUAAAUAGUAGUGAAAAGUGAUGGAAA